GCAAGUCUUUUUUGUCUUUUUUCUUGAGUAGGGAUAGCCUUUUCUUUAUAGUCAAAGAAAUUUGUGUUUAUCUUCAUUACAACUGCAUCACUUCUUUUCACAUAGCAUCAGAUAAGAUCAAGCUUGCUUAGAUUUUCACAUCAUCCAUGGCAACAAGUGGUGUAAAGCUUUUAGGAGCCAAGCAGAGCCCAUUUGUGACCAGGGUUAUGAUGGCGCUUGAGAUGAAAUCCAUCGAUUACGAGUUAGUAGUAAUGAAUCCACACCUAAAACCUGAGCUUCUUAGCAAAACCAAUCCAGUUCACAAGAAAAUCCCAGUGCUCAUUCAUGGUGAGAGGGCAAUAUGUGAGUCUCUUAUCAUUGUUCAAUAUAUUGAUGAUGCAUGGACCAAUGGCCCCUCGAUCCUUCCUCCUCAUCCCUACGACCGUGCCACAGCUCGAUUCUGGGCUGCUUUUGUCGAUGACAAGCUUAGGGAAGCCGAAGGAGAGGAAGCUAAAGAGUUGGUUAUCAAGAAAUUAUCUGAAGCAUUUAUGCGGUUGGAGGAGGCAUUCAUUAACUGCAGCAAAGGCAAGGCUUUCUUUGGUGGAGAUAGUGUUGGCUACCUUGAUAUAGCUCUAGGGAGUUUUGUUGGACUUAUAAGGGUGGUUGAGAUGAUGAAUGAAACCAAACUCCUUGAUGAAACCAAGACUUCUCGUCUAGCCGGAUGGGCCGAGAGGCUUUACUCUGACAGCCUUGUUAAGGAUGUUUUGAUGGACCCUCAGUUACUUCUAGUACAACUCCAGAAGUUUCUGGCCACGAUGCCAAAAGCUGCUUCUGAAUGAAAGAUUUUUUUUUUAAUUGUUUGGUUUUGUGUUUUAUUAGUGUUGUUAUUGGAUGGAUACUCCUAUCUUUCUUACCAGAUCGUCUGUUUUCUAGUGAAUUAGUUUAUGAUAAUAAGCCUUUUUUGCAGCUUCUA